UUUCCUUGUUGGGUUUACUUUUAUUUUGUGUGAUGUCAUGUAGUUUUGGCGUGUAAAGGUGUAAAUGUUGUUUUGUUUUUGUUUCAUUUGCUCGCUCUAAAAUAUUCAAUAUUCAUUUCAAAUUCUCUUCCCCAAACACCAAGUAAAGUAAACCCACCAAGACCUUUCAACUUCUAAUUUAUUGAUAAAAGUUAUCUCUUUUGUUCGUUCCUAUCUGGGUUUGUUUUUUCUGGCUGUGAUUUCUUCAAAGAACAGUCAAAGCUUUCGAGGUUAUAGGUAGAGGUUUUUCUCUCAGAUAAUGUUAAUGGCAUCUGAGAGAGAAUGUUUUGACCUUUCUGGACCACUCCAUCUAACUUCCAUUGAUUGGGAGAAUGCAAAUCAUAGAAGGUCCGUUGCUGCCAGUUUGGUUCAAGGUGUCUACAUUCUAGAGCGAGACCGCCAGGAGAAACGGUUAGGUCCCCAGGCCCUUGCGCCUCCAUGGUGGGAGUUUUUUCACUUUCAGCUGUUUCGUCAACUAGUGGAUGAUGCUGAUUCUUCCAUCUUUGGUGCAAUUUAUGAAUUCAAACCUCCCACUACUCAGUUAAACCACUCAUUAGAUGGAAGUCCAAGAUAUGUAAUUGCUUUUCGUGGUACCUUAACAAAGCCUGGCUCAUUUUCAAGGGACGUUGAGUUGAAUAUUCACUUCCUACAGCAUGGACUUCACCGAACUUCUCGCUUUGAGAUUGCUAUUCAAGCAGUACGCAAUAUGGUUGCUUCGGUGGGCGAUUCAAAUGUCUGGUUAGCUGGUCAUUCAUUGGGAUCAGCCAUGGCAAUGCUUGCUGGGAAAAAUAUGGCCAAGACUGGCGUUUUUCUCAACUCUUUCCUCUUUAAUCCACCAUUCUUUUCUGCCCCCGUCGAGAGAAUCAAGAAUAAGGACGUCAAACAUGGAAUUCGCAUUGCAGCCAGUGUGAUAACAGCAGGACUGACCAUUGCUAUGAAGGCUACCCAGCAGAGGAGUCACUCAGAAGAUUCAUUUGCAGCUCUCUCGGCAUGGAUGCCUUGUCUGUUUGUGAAUCCAGCCGAUCACAUAGGCUCCGAAUAUAUUGGAUAUUUUGAACACAGGAAGAAGAUGGAUGAUAUAGGAGCAGGAGCCAUUGAGAGGUUAGCUACUCAGAACUCAGUUGGGGGUUUGUUUUUGAAAGCAAUAGGCAGGGAGUCAGAGCCAAUGCACCUCAUUCCUUCAGCCAACCUGAUCAUCAAUACCACCCCAGCCCGGGAUUUGAAGGAAGCUCAUGGAAUUCACCAAUGGUGGAGAGACGAUAUGCAAUUGGAGUCCAAGCUCUAUAGCUACAGAUAGCUUGUUGAUCAUAAUUUAUUUGGUACUGUGAUUGUUUACUGAAGUUUUUUUAUUGGGUGGAGAUUGUUUUGUUUUAUAACCUUUCCAUCUAGAACAAAUAGUAGUGAAACAUCAUAUGAGAACCCUUUUCAUCACACACGCUCGUGUAUGGUUUCAUUUUUUCUUUUGAAGUGUUUGUACAUUCAUUGCUAGUUGUUAAUAAUAUUAUCUCUAUCUUCAAGUUUAUAAAGCU